GUCGGGUAAUAUAAGGGAGAAAGGGCAGAAGCGUCCUCUGUACUACAACUAAUAGCAUCUGCUGCAAUCACCGACCGGUCUGCCCAGCGUGGUCAUUAUAGACAACCGUGGCGUGCAUAGAGGAGGCCGGAUGUACGGGCAUGCGUGCUGGACGCUGCGCAUGGCCAAGAGGCAAAGUCGUCGGUGGAUCUUCCGUUUUACAUUCAAUGAUGCAUACCCGGGGCAACAGGAAAGAUUAUGAUCGAUGGGCUGCAAAUGGAAAUCCAGGUUGGAAUUACGAUAAUAUAUUAAAGUAUUUUAAAAAGUCUGAGAAUAUGCAGAUUCCGGAAUUAGCGAAAGAUACAAAGUAUCACUCUACAAAGGGACCGAUGAACAUUCAAGAACCAAACUGGAGAACACCAUUGUCCCGUGCAUUUUUGGAUGCUGGUAUAGAAACAGGUGGCAAAAUAGUUGAUUAUAAUGGGAAGAAACAAAUAGGAUAUUCUUAUAUUCAGUUUACUAUGAAUAACGGAUCUAGAGUAAGCGCAAGUCGCGCGUUCCUUCAUCCGAUCAAAAACCGUAAUAAUUUCUUUCUUGUAAAAAAUACAAUGGCAACCAAAAUUCUCAUCGAUCCUAGGAAGAAGCGAGCAUAUGGUGUACAAUUAAUCAAAGAUGGGAAAAAAUACACAGUAAAGGCAAGACUGGAAGUAAUUCUAUCCGCAGGUGCAAUUAAUUCUCCACAAUUAUUAAUGUUAAGUGGAAUCGGACCAAUGGAACAUUUAAGAAAUAACAAUAUACAGACCUAUAUUAAUUUGCCGGUCGGUUAUAAUCUCCAAGAUCACUGGGCACUCGGAGGUCUCACUUUUCUAAUAAACACAACUGACUCAUUGAGAUUUGAAAGCAUUGCUACUACAGAUAAUGUUAUUCAAUAUUUUUGUCAUCAUACUGGUCCUUUAACGGCUCCAACUGGCACAGAAGCGAUAGCCUUUAUCGACACAAAAGACCCACGUAACUCAGUUGGCUAUCCAGAUUUAGAGUUACUAUUUGUAGCCGGUUCAAUAGUAUCGCAGCCAGCAUAUAAACAUGCUUUUUCUAUUGAUGAACAUUUGUAUGACGCGGUCUACAAGCCUAUAAGUAACAUGCAUACUUGGAUGGUAUUUCCCAUGUUGUUACGCCCCCAGUCAAGAGGCCGAAUAACGUUGAAAAACGAAGAUCCUUACGAGAAGCCAUUGAUAUAUGCAAACUAUUUCACUGACGACGGGGGCCACGAUGAGAAAAUAAUGUUAUACGGCAUUAGAAAAAUAAUAGAAUUAUCAAAAACUAAAGCUUUUCAAAGGUUUGGAAGUAAACUACAUAAUAUACCAAUACCGAAAUGUGCUCAUCAUAAAUUUGAUUCGGAUUUGUAUUGGGCAUGCGCAAUGAAGACAAUUACUAAUACCAUAUAUCAUCAGUGUUGCACUGCAAAAAUGGGACCCAGAAGCGACCCAGAAGCUGUCGUAGACCCACGUUUAAAAGUGCAUGGAAUUGCAGGACUUAGAGUAGUAGACGCCAGUAUUAUGCCACAUAUACCUGCUGCACACACUAAUGCACCGACUAUGAUGAUUGCUGAAAAAGCAGCUGACAUGAUAAAGGAAGACUGGGGAAUCCUCAUUUAGAUUUGGGGAAUUAAUAGUUAAAGUAUACUUCGGAACCAGUUAUUAUGAAGCGUAAUAUUCAGGUCGACAUUGACUCGCAAAAUCAUUUUUUUUUCAAUUCAGGAAUGUAAUAUAGACAUAGAUAUAUUUACUUGCAAAUAUAAUAUUGUAUGAUUUUACUUAAAAAGUUGAACGGAUUGGGU